CUCCUCCCCCGGCCCGGCAGGCGGCGGCGGCGGGAGCGCGCGGUUGGCGAGCAGAGCCCCGAGCGGCCGCGGCGUCUGAGGCCGGCGAGCGGGAGAGCGCAGGGCGUGCGGACAAAGAGGGCGCCGCGCGGAGAGCAGCGUCUGACAUGGAUGUUACAUGAAUCGCUCUCAGGGAUGCACAUGACUGUGCGCGCUGCUGGAGCCGUUUCCUCGUUGAAUUAGGUGAAGAUGGAUGAGUCCGCUCUGCUGGAUCUUCUGGAGUGUCCCGUGUGUCUGGAGCGGCUCGAUGCUUCCGCCAAGGUCUUGCCCUGCCAGCACACGUUUUGCAAACGCUGUUUGCUGGGCAUCGUGGGUUCCCGAAACGAGCUCCGAUGCCCUGAGUGCAGGACCCUGGUUGGCUCAGGCGUGGAGCAGCUCCCCAGCAACAUCCUGCUGGUCAGACUUCUGGACGGCAUCAAGCAGAGGCCUUGGAAACCUGGCCCGGCCGGGGGCAGUGGCACCAGCUGCCCAAAUGCAGCGAGGGCUCAGGGCAGCGCUGGGGCCAAUUGCAGCUCGAAAGACAUCCAGGGCUCCCAGGGGGCACAGCAGCCAAGGGCGCAAGCCUGGAGCCCCCCAGUGAGGGGGAUACCUCAGUUACCAUGUGCCAAAGCAUUGUACAACUACGAGGGGAAGGAGCCCGGAGACCUGAAGUUCAGCAAAGGCGACAUCAUCAUUCUGCGGCGACAGGUGGAUGAGAAUUGGUACCAUGGAGAAGUCAACGGGGUCCAUGGCUUUUUCCCCACCAACUUUGUGCAGAUUAUCAAGCCGUUACCUCAGCCCCCACCUCAGUGCAAAGCACUUUAUGACUUUGAAGUCAAAGACAAGGAAGCCGAUAAGGAUUGCCUUCCAUUCGCAAAGGAUGAUGUUCUGACCGUGAUUCGCAGAGUGGAUGAAAACUGGGCCGAAGGCAUGCUGGCAGACAAAAUAGGAAUAUUUCCAAUUUCAUAUGUUGAGUUUAACUCAGCGGCCAAGCAGCUGAUCGAGUGGGACCAGCCACCUGGGCCAGGAGUUGGAGCUGGGGAGGGCACCCCGGCUGCCCCCAGCAGCACGGCCCCCAAGCAGCCGGAUGCCAAGAAGAACACCAAGAAACGCCACUCCUUCACCUCCCUGACCAUGGCGAGCAAGGCGUCCCAGGCUGCCCAGCACCGCCACUCCAUGGAGAUCAGCCCUCCUGUCCUCAUAAGCUCCAGCAACCCCACGGCUGCUGCUCGCAUUGGCGAGCUGGCUGGGCUCUCCUGCAGUGCCCCCUCUCAGGUUCACAUAAGUACCACCGGCUUGAUUGUGACUCCACCCCCGAGCAGCCCGGUGACAACGGGCCCCUCGUUCACGUUCCCGUCGGAGGCUCCGUACCCGGCCGCCCUGGCAACUAUGAACCCUCCUCUCCCCCCACCUCCACUCCAGGCAGCCUCCCCCGCUGGCGCUGCUGCAGCCGGAAUGGGCCCCAGGCCUGCUGCCGGACCCUGCGACCAGACCACGCACUCACGGCCGCAGACCCGCCCCAGUGUGUACGUGGCUGUCUAUCCUUACACCCCCCGGAAAGAGGAUGAGCUGGAGCUGAGAAAGGGCGAGAUGUUUCUGGUCUUCGAGCGCUGUCAGGACGGCUGGUUCAAGGGCACAUCGAUGCACACGAGCAGGAUAGGGGUCUUCCCUGGCAACUACGUGGCCCCCCUGGCCAGGGCAGUGACCACUGCUUCCCAAGGGAAAGUCCCCAUGUCUCCCGCUGGGCAGACUGGUCGGGGGGCGAGCUCGGUCAGCCCUUCCACCACGGGAGGGCCUGCCCAGAAACCCCCGGGGAAUGGCAUGGCCGGCGGUCCCAGCGUGGUCCCCACCGCCGUGGUAUCAGCAGCUCACAUCCAGACGAGCCCCCAGGCCAAAGUCCUGCUGCACAUGUCUGGACAGAUGACCGUCAACCAGGCACGCAGUGCUGUGAGGACAGUGUCUGCACACAGCCAGGAGCGCCCCACAGCAGCCGUGACACCCAUCCAGGUUCAGAGCACCGCAGGCCCACACCCCCUGGCCUCGUCACAACCCCCCGCCCCCAUGGCUCCCAUGGUGAUGCCGGGUCCCAGCGGCCUGGGCCGGGUCAGCACCCCACUGGCCUGCACUGCAGCUGCUGCCCUGGCCCCUCCAAGUGUCACUGCCACCUCUCUGGACACUGAGCCCAGCGGCCGCCCUGGGGCCACUCUGCCUGGGCUCCCCACAUCUCCUGACAGCAGCUCGUCAGCCAGUGGGAGCAUCUCAGCAGCCAAGCUGGACAAGGACGGCAAGAAAGAGAAAAAGGGGCUGUUGAAGUUGCUGUCGGGAGCCUCCACCAAACGCAAGCCUCGGGGGUCCCCCCCAGCCUCACCCACGUUGGAUGUGGAGCUGGGGGCCGAGCUGCCCCCGGGGGCCCCAGCCACCCCCUGCGCCUGCCCCGGGCCCUGUGAUGCAGACAACCCGGCCCCCGAGCCUGGCCCACAGCGCAGGACCUGCUCCUUGGACUCGGCCGCCCCAGUGGCGCCCCCGCCCCGGCAGCCUUGCUCCUCCCUGGGCCCGGGAGCCAGUGAGGCCCGGCCUGUGGUCUGCGAGAGGCAUCGUGUGGUCGUUUCCUACCCUCCCCAGAGUGAGGCAGAACUUGAGCUCAAGGAAGGGGAUAUCGUGUUUGUGCACAAGAAGCGGGGGGACGGCUGGUUCAAGGGCACGCUGCAGCGGAACGGGAAGACGGGGCUCUUCCCUGGGAGCUUCGUGGAGAACAUCUGAGGAGGCGCCAGAGGCAGGGACGUCCCUCAGCCCCGCACUUGGCUGGGAGAGGAGCGCCCGCCUCAUCCUGCGUCACUCCACAGAGGAACCCCCUUCUGAAAUAGCAGCUGAAGCGGACGGUUGUUUACACGGCAUCACUAAUUUAUUUGCUUUCUUAAACUUGAAUUUUUCUUGUACUAGAUCAACUCUUUGGGUUGUGAUUUAAAGAAAUUAUUAAUUUAUGAAAUGGUAGCCUAGGAGAGGCCGUGAGGUCACCCGCCAGGAGGGAGGUCCUUCCUGAUGCUGGACGCGGGGCAUCUCGCGGGUGGGGUCGGGAUUCACCCCAAGACCUCAUCCCUCAACCCCGAGGGCUUCUGGCUGCCGAGGACGAGGGAGCAUAAAGCACAGCCCUGAACACACCGUGUUCAGAAGUAGAUUUAGUUUAAAACAGAAGCCGCUCAACUCACAGCUUGCAAGUGGGCGGAUGGAGGUUGUCCCCAGCAUGAGACGGCUCUGAGGGUCACCCUGGGUGACCGCGUGCUGGGCGCCACCCGCGUGCGUGGUCAUGCGGUGGAGACAGAGGCUGGGGGGACCCGGAGAGGUGUCCACGUGGCUCUUCCCACAUCCCACCAACCUUGCUGGACCCACAGAGGCCCCAAAGUGGCGGGAACAGGCAGCCCCUCCUCUGCCUGGGCGCUGUCCAGGCCACCUCCUCCGUCCCUUCCCUCAGUGCCCCGCAGCCUGGGUCAGGGCGCCCUCCCCAUGGUGACCGAGAUCACUGCCACAGUUUUCUCAUGAAAAAGCAGAAACAAAAAUUCCUUUUCAUUUCUUCUAAGAAUUAUGACUGGGAAAUAGAAAUGGGACCUGAAGAGCUUUCUUGCAGGAGCGAGCGGUUUCAUGGUCUUAAAAAGAUGUUAUGUGGUUGAAAUGAAAUCAUUCCUAAAUUAACCUUUUUUUUAUAUAUAUAAAACACUGUACAUUAUGUUUCUGUGUAUUGAAUUUUUAAAAGAUACUUUACUGGGAUAUUCAUGUAAUAUAUAAAGUUUUGGUGAAAUGAACUUUAGUUAGAGAAAAAGCUGACAUCGGCUUUCAUCUGCGUAAGUUGACACCAAUGUGUCAUGAUAUUCUUUAUUUUGGGAAAUUAGUGUAUUUUAUAAAAAUUUUAAAGAGUAAAAAGACUACUACAGGAUAAGAUCAUUUUUUACCUGUCUUUUCUCCAUAUUUUAAGCUCUGUGAUUGAAGUACCUCUGUCAAUAGUUUCCUGGUAUGAAGUUGGUUAAAAUUUCAUCUGUUAAUAGAUCACCUAGAUAAUAUAAUGUAUGGGUUUUCUCCUGGAUUUUUUUUUUUUUUUUUUGAACACAGUAGAUGGAAAUUUUGUAACAAGGGCUUGUUACACCACGAUAAGGUAAUGAUAAAAUUACAACUUAUCAUUCCUCAUCAUGUUA